AUGUCACAACUUCAAGCUAAUUUUGGAAAAACACUUUGGUGUCCGCGGUCUUUGAAAUUUUUCUUCCUCAAACCAGAUCGUUCUAUUUUUGUCUACCUGCAUUUUUGGUUGUUGAUGUUUUUUAAUUUCCAAACUUUUGGACAUGCAAUCGACUUUUGCUAUGAUGGCUCUAAGGAAG